GGCUAUGUAAUAGCUGGUGCUGUAGCGGGGCUCUCCGUCGACGUAGCCCUGUACCCCCUGGAUACACUGAAGACGAGGCUGCAGAGUCAGCAAGGGUUCUAUAAGGCUGGUGGCUUUCGAGGCGUCUAUAGAGGGCUGCUCACAGUAGCAACAAGUUCGAUGCCCACGUCAUCAUUGUUCUUCGUAUCGUACGAGGCGACGAAGAAACUAGCGACGCCGAUGGUGGCACCACAAUACUUGCCGUUCGUUCACAUGUUUGCGGCCAGCGCUGGCGAAGUGCUGGCGUGUUUGAUCCGAGUGCCGACAGAGAUCGCGAAGCAGCGGAAACAGACGUACGUGGGGAAUCAGGCGAAAAGCAGCAUUGGUAUUCUAGUACAUGCGUUUCGCACAGAAGGAUUACGGAGAGGCGUGUACAGAGGAUUCUUCUCAACGGUGAUGAGAGACCUUCCCUUCAGCUUUAUUGAGCUGCCGCUGUGGGAACAACUCAAGACCCUCGUCAAGAAUAGAAACGACGAAAAUAUUAACAGUUUUCAGAGCGCGUGUUGCGGGUCGAUAGCGGGAGGAGUGGCAGCCGCUGCGACCACGCCCCUCGACCUGGCGAAGACGCGCAUCAUGCUCGCAGACGACUACGCCGAAACUCGCAAGCUGAGAAUAAAGCCCAUCCUCACACACAUCUACGCAGAGUCCGGCUUCAGGGGACUCUUCGCUGGAGUAACUCCGAGGUUCACAGCGUUCAUGCUUGGUGGAUUUGUCUUUUUUGGUGUUUAUGAUGCCUCCAAGACAAGGAUUGAAAGCUUUUUGGAUAGAUAGGUCACUCCAGAAGCAUAAUUUGAAAAUGUCUACAUUUUCAGUAAAACUUUAUAUUAUAUAUGUAUAUAUAAUGUCUUCCGAAGUGUUGAUGAAGCUGUAUUUACUUAAUGUUAAAGAGUUGUUAUGUUGUUAUAAGAAUGUGGGUAGCGUAUAUUUCUAAAAGAUAAACCGGGUGUAGUUCCUAAAAGUAGCAUUACUAAGCUUACGAUUACGACGUAUUGUUAUUAAGAGAAUUUAAAAUAAUAUGUACAUUUUAAGGUAGAAUGAUUAUAAGAAAUAACUUUAAAUACAAUUAAUUGUACCCUACAGAAUUGUAGUAAAAUUUAUUGCUUACAUAUAAUAUAUAUUAUAAAUAAGUAAAGAACCUGUUUACACAACGUAACCUUGACCCUGGAAGAGCGACAACGAUGCACGCGACCGGCAAAGUUUGCGCUGCGUGGCAACGUCGCUUUUCAAUGUUCAGGAUUCAGGUUAAGGCGACACUAAAUGCUAGCGACCUUGAGCGAUAUGAGUUCACGGCUGCCGGCCCGCGAUCUAUGUAACAAAGCCAAAAUUUUCAAAAUUCUUGCGUGGAAAUCGUAAUAUUUUAUCAGGCGCAAACAGUUUAUAUGCUUACAAUUCUCAUUAUUGAUUACUAAUCUGAGAACCUACCCAAAAAAAGUACAAGCUAUAUAAAUAUCUUUUCUGAGAAUGGUACUAAACAAAUGCGUCAUGCAGAGAAAAACUUGUUUAACUGCAAUGAAAAGUAGUUCAAAAUAGCUCUGAAGUGCUAACUAUAACCAACAGCAAACAUUAGAAUAAAAAAUAAGUCUUAAGGGUAUGUGUUAUAUGAUAAAAUAGUGUUCAUAGCUCCAAAUGGUGUAUUUUCACUACAAAACUUGUCUAAAAAUGCCCUGUUUGCGUGUUUUCUGCUUACCCUUCGCCUUAAGGGAUCAUUGACCUUGUGAUCCAAUUCUACAGUGUGUCCAAAUUUGCUCAAAAUUAAAAGUAUUCUUUGUGACUUUAUUAAUUCGCUAAUUUGGGUGUUUUUUUUUUGUAUAUCGUCAGCAAAUGCGAUGAUUAGUUACAUUUAUUACAUAUAAGUGAGUUCCGUAAAACUGUAUAGUUACUUGUAUUCUAUUCUAUUCUUCCUACUAUGGCUCCUGUGGAAGGUAUACCAUAGUUACUUGUACUGAAGUGAACUUCUAAAUGCAUUGUAGUUCAUUGAAACUUAAUAUUACUUAUUAAUUAUUAUAGCUAUGAUAAAUGUGUUGCCAUUAGGCAAAAAAUUGUUGAAUUCAUUAUAGUCUUUAUAAAUUUUAAACUACCCUCAUUUAGAGUAACUAAAAUAUUAGCAUGUGAUGUGAAUAUAAUAUCCGUCGGUAUAUCUGAUGAUAUACAAUCACUUCAUUAUAAUAAUUGGAGUUCGUUGAGUUCACUCAAUUAAGUUUGUACGUUUAUUAUCUAGGAUGUACUAGUCAGAAACUGCCAAAUCUCGUCGUAUAUAAUGUAGAAUAUGUUAACCAGUUCCGGAUUAGCCCAUAAGCGAAAAAAUGUUGAUCGAAUCGAUCUCCCUAAAUAAAGAAUUUUUAUGAUGUAAAAAUACUAAAAUAAACAUAAUAUAAUAAUUAGAAUAAUAAUAAUAUUGACACACUCUUACACAAAUUAUC